UUGCUAUUUCUUGAUAUAUUUUGUUUGCUCUAAAAUUAACAAUCUUAAAUGAUAGAAUAAUUUAACUAAUAAAGUCUCUUGUGGAACAAAUAAAAAUCAUGUUGAUAAUGGCAUAUUUUAAUUAUAUUAAGAAAUAGGAACAUACUAAGCAAAAAAAUUUGUUUUUUAUUUGUCAAUAGUCUUCAUAAAUCCCUCUAUUUUUUUAUAUUUAAAGUAUCUAAAUCACAGUUAGAUAUGGUCCCACUCUCACUCAUAAGAUAUUUUUCAUAGCUGAGUAAAUUAGAAAAAUAUGGAAGGGUUUUGUAGAAGUUGCCUAGUGAAAUUUGAUGAGCCCACUGACUUGGUACCAUAUUCAGAAAAAAACAGAAGAUUGUUUGUUUAUGCUACAGGAUUACAGGCCAAGAGAAAUGACACAUUCAUAUUCCAACUCUGCAAGGAGUGCUUUCUAAACAUGAAGGUGGCGUGUAACUUCAAGAAAACAUGCAGGAACUCGGACAAGAAGUUGAAAAACUAUUUAGCUAAUAAGGAAGCUGGGGAUGCUGUAGAUUUCUGCACAUUCCUCAAGAAUAAUGAUGAAUCUCUUAAAUUCAGGCUUCCAAUGUAUGCUGGUAACAGUACUCCUGCCAACAGAAAUAAAGAUGAUGAUAAUGAAUCAACCUGCACAAGCAUACAGAACUUUAUGACAGACAUACUAAAAUCUGAGGAGAUACCGGACAGUGAAGCGCGCAUUAUCAAAGAGGUGAUUGAAGAGGAGACUGACAUAUUGGAUGAUUCUUUGGAUUCACAUUGGCUGCAAGAUGAUAUGUCUAUUGAUACCGAUUUUAGGCUGGAUUUUAGUUUCAGUCCAUUUUCAACACCACGGUCCACAAUUGAUGAUCCUUACACACCAAAGAAAGUACAAAACAAUACAACUGCACUUCAAGAACAAAAUGUUCCAGUUAAGAAAGAAUUUGAUGAUCAAACAUAUAUGGAAAAUAUUAACCCAAAUAUCCAAAAUGACAGCCACAAAAUAAAAAAAGAAAAUGUUGAAGAUUUAGAAAGUUGUGACGUUGAUACUAAUUUGGAAAAUGUAUUAAAUAACUCUGCAAACAAAGGAUCGUUAUAUAACUUAUUUCCUACGCCGCCCAUAAUUCCAAAUAUAUCUGCUCCUCCAACACCUCUAAUCAAAAGUAUUUUAUUUGGUGAUAAACUAGACAUUGAUACACAGUCUCGUCCAAACCACGUGUAUGUGCCAACAGAACUCAACAGUAAUAUCACGUCAGAAAAAAGAAUAGAAGAAAAAGAUAAGAGUGGUGAAAAAUGUGUUAUUGAUCUUAAUUUGGAAAAUGCAUUGAAAAAUGAUUCUGCGAAGAAAGUAAUGUUGGAUGACCUACUUGCGACUCCUCCAGUGAUUCCAAAUAUAUCUGCACCGCCCACACCGUUAAUAAAGAAUAUUCUAUUUGGUAAUAAAAUAGACAUUGAGAAUCGACCAAAGAAUGUCUACGUACCGAGACCGGAUGAAAACGAUAUAGAUGGGCUAUACGAAGAAUUUUGUAAAAUAAGUGAUCAAGAUUUAAUAAUUAAGGAAGAAUUUUAUAUUAAGGAAGAAAAUUCAGAUCAUGAAUACAUAAUUAAAAAAGGUGUAAAUGUAAAUAAACCUGUUAAAACGACUGAAACUCUGAAUGAAUCUAAUGAGGAUAAAUACUGUUUAAAGGAGUUUCUAUGUAAAAUUUGCGAUAGAAAAUUCAAACAUGUUAUGGCACUAAAGGUGCAUUGUGUCAGCGCUCAUAAAUUCAAAAUAGCGAGUGCGAAACGUAAAAGUGUUAGAAAAAAAAUGAUAUGUGACUAUUGUGGAAAAGUUUUUAUGUCAUCCAGAUGUAUUGUGAGACAUAUUCAAAAACAUAUGGAACCUGAUAAGUAUGACUGUGACCGUUGUCCGUUGUCAUUUAGAACUGUGACUGGACUAAAGGCACACCAAUCUACCCACGGGAUUGUUCACAAGGGGAGCAAUAAUAAAAAAAGGAACUACAUAUGCACCGUUUGUGGAGCGGUGCAGAACAGUUCCUCCAACCACAACAUUCACAUGAGGAGACACAACAAUACCUACACCAUCACCUGCACUGUAUGCGGGAAGGGAUUCUACAGGACCUCCGACUUGGACGUCCAUAUGAGAAUGCCAAAUAAACGCCUGUUAUGGAGGAAAAUAGGUAAUCAUACCGAAGAAGAUAUGAAAAAAGCUCUUCAAGAUAUCAGAUCAGGGAAAAAAAUACGUGCUGUUGCUAGAGAACUGAAAAUUCCAUUUUCGACGUUACAACGUUAUGCAGCCAAAGUUAAAGCAUCCACAAGUCCUGAAAAUGUGAGACUUGUACCACAUUAUGACACUAACAGAGUUUUCACGGAUGAGCAAGAACAAGCAUUAAAGGAGUAUUAUCAAAACUGCGCUCUUAUGUUUUACGGCUUAACUACAAAAGAUUGUAGAACAGUUGCAUAUGAAAUGGCUGUUUUGAACAAAAUUAAAAUACCACAGUCAUGGGAUGUUAACAAGAUGGCAGGUAUUGAUUGGUUAAAAUCUUUUCGCCAGCGUCAUAGUGAACUUUCUUUACGCAAGCCGGAAGCUUGCAGUCUGGCUAGAGCAACGUCGUUUAACAAGGAAGUCGUCAAAGCUUUUUUUGAUAAACUACAAGAAGUUUAUAAAAGACAUACCUCGUUUGCUGAUGGUACCAGAGUAUACAACCUCGAUGAGACGGCAACGACAACAGUACAAAAACCCCAAAAUGUAAUUGGUCCUAAAGGAAAAAAUAUUGGAAAAGUAACUAGUGGUGAAAAAGGCACACUGGUAACUACUUGUUGCUUUAUCAGUGCAGCUGGUCAAGCUUUACCACCAGUACUAAUAUUUCCCAGAAAAAAUUAUAAAGAUCACAUGAUAAAAGGUACCCCGCCUGGAACGUUAGGUUUAGCGAAUCCAUCGGGACGGAUGAAUAGUGAGCUAUUUGUCAAAACAAUGAGACACUUUAUUAAACACACCUCAAGUUCUAAGGAGAAUGCAUCAUUAAUCAUUAUGGAUACUCACGAAUCACAUUUGUGUAUUGAAGCCAUAGAUUUAGCUAAAGAAAACGGAGUGACAAUAUUAACAUUACAUCCCCAUAUUUCAGCCAAAAUGCAGCCAUUGGAUGUGGGCAUUUUUUCUCCAUUUAAAAGCUAUUAUAAUGCUGCUAUGGAUUCUUGGUUGUUAAAUAAUCCAGGGAAAAAUGUGACGAUCUACGAUUUAGCUGAGUUUAUAGGGACUGCAUUUACCAGGGCCAUGACCCCAAUGAAUAUUAUAAAUGCCUUUAGAAAGACCGGCAUCUACCCUUUUGAUAGAAAUGUUUUCACAGAUGAAGACUUUCUGCCGAGCGCUGUGACUGAUCGUCUUUAUCCUGAUGUUUUAAAAAACGUACCUGACGUAUCUUUGCAAGAUGGCAGAGUUGAUGAACAAAAUAGGCCAUCGAUUUUAGAAAAUGAAACAUUCUCUGAAAUUCUGGCACAUACUCCAACUUUUCAGCAAGACCCAGAGUCUAUGCUUGAUCAAAGAUAGGAACUACCUGAGACUCGGCAAUGCUUACAUAAAGAGCACAUAGAGCUACAUUCCGCAGAACAACAAGAUACGUCAGAACCUCAGUGCUCUACGUCAAAAGGCAUAUCCGCAUCUUUUUUUCCGCAAGUCCUAGUCAAUUUAGAAAACCCCUCAAAGCACUGCCAAGGGCGAACAUAAAUAUAAGAAAAUGGCCGCAGCUUAAUCGCAACAGACACACCUGAGAAAGAAAAUAUUAGAAGUCAAAUUCAGAAGUGAAGAAAAAUAAGUUACCAAAGAAAGACAAACCAAAAAAAAAGCUGUGAGAAAAGUCCUGCAAAGUGAAUCAGAGGAUGAUGGAGAAGAUGUUCCUCUUGAUGAUGAAGACUCUGAUUGGUGUGAGGAAGAUGAAGCCAUAGAUGAAAUAGAGACAU